AGAAGUAGCGAGGAAGUUCAUCAUGCAGCGAAUGCAUCCAUCUGGGCUCACGGGACGCUGGUAUUAGAACUAAAAACCAGCAUAAAAACAAUGAUUGCGUUGAAGUGCUAUCUCUCUCUUCCAGUGGUGGCAGGGGCAUUAUUAGUGGGCCUCCCUUACAGUGUCUCUCUUGUUGCCCAAUGGCUCUAUGGCUGGCCCAAUAAACCAGGGUACCAAAAAUAUAUAGAGGCUCUCAAACCAAGGCGCAUAUACUGCCUUACAAGAGCCGUGCUAGAGAUGCUGAAAUAUCUGCAGUAUGGCAAACUGUACUUUCAAUGGAAACUGUGGUACAGUAAUGACAAAAAUAACAAGCACUAUGUGAAAGGCAUAACCUUUGGUCGGCGAGGGAACAAACUAGAUUUAUACUAUUCACCAAACAUGGGCCAUUCUGAUGCUGCUCCUGUACCAGUGGUUGUGUUUGUGUACGGAGGUGCCUGGGGAUCAGGAGACCGCUCCAUUUACUGUCUGUUAGCCUUACAAAUGGCAAAAGAGCUUAAUGCCUCUGUAAUUUGUCCAGAUUAUUCCAUAUAUCCAAAGGGAAAUGUUUUAAAUAUGGUUCAAGACAUAACUGACAGUUUGCUGUGGGUGAGAGAAAAGGGACAAACAUUCAAUCUUGAUCAAGACAACGUAAUAUUAAUAGGUCAUUCAGCAGGGGCUCAUCUGUGUGCUCUUACCACACUGUUUCUGGUGAACAAUGCGGAUGAACUGUUCCUUGAGACCAACAAACAGAGAGAUCUUGUAUCUGCCAUUAAAGGAAUCAUAGGUCUCCUGGGCAGUGCCAGCGAAGAGCGUAAAUCGGCGCUCGCUCCCACACCGUCCUAUAAUGCUCUGCCUUCUCUCUUUAUCCUAGUCGGCACGGCACAGAUUAACAACGAUUAUUUUCUCAGCAAUCUUUGGAUCGAAAUUGCGUCGUAA